AUGGUCCGGGGGUGCCGGGUCCGGGGUGCCUCCCUGCCAGCGGCAUCGCCCCGCACGGAACGGGAGCGCCGGCCCUCGGAGGCACCGAGUGCCUUAUUCCCAUGGGGAAGAUCACACGCCUGGCUCCGCACCAUCGAGGAAGGGGGGCUGGACCCCCCGCCCCGGAGCUCUCGCUCAGGCCUGUGCAGCCGGUGCCCUGCCCGGCCCCCACCCCAGGGGCACCGCAGAGGUGCCCGCCCUGCGGGCCGAGCAGGGAGCGAGGAGAGCCCGGCUCCAUCCCGUGGGAAAGCCAGCUCAGGCCUUGACCUACCUGGGAGAUUUCUCUUUGCAAUCUUGACUCUGAUGACACUAAUUGCUGACCUGGUGUUUAUAGAGGAAGCAGUCUACAUCUACAGAAAAAUCCCCACCUCCAAAAGAUCGAUCAUAAUUUGGGUUAAUGCUGCAGCUCCAGUGAUUGCUACCACUUCAUGCAUUGGCAUGUGGAUUCCUCGCUCAACGAUGUUCACGGAUUUUGCAGCAGCCAUAUUUUUUGCCAUAGUUAUCCACAAGUUCCUGCUGAUGAUGAUUAAAGAGUGUGGAGGUCAAAAGCUGCUCCUCCAGCGGUUUGAAAACGGUCGCUUGAAGAUCAGCACCGGUCCCUGCUGCUGCUGCUGCCUUUGCCUCCCUCGCGUGCGCAUCACUAGGCAAACUCUCUUUAUGCUGAAGCUGGGCACCUUUCAGUUUGCUUUCCUUCGACCUGUGUUCAUGUUUUUAGCAAUAGUGCUUUGGACUAAUGGCAAUUACAUCCUUUACAAUUUGUCUCCCCAAAGAGCUGCAAUAUGGAUUAACAGCUUUGUUGGUGUCCUCACCAUUAUUGCUCUGUGGCCAGUUGCAAUCAUGUUUCAACAAGUUAGGACUGUCCUUACCUCUAAGAAGAUCAUCCCAAAGUUUGCUCUUUAUCAGUUUAUCGUCAUUCUGAACCACUUACAGACAGCUAUUAUCAACAUCUUGGCCAUGCAAAGAGUCAUUCCCUGCGCUCCACCACUCUCCUCUUCAGCAAGAGGAGCAUAUAUAAUCCAGCAGCUCCUCAUCAUGGAAAUGUUUCUGAUAACCCUGCUCUCAAGGGUGGUCUAUCGGAGAAGAUAUGAUGACCUGGAGCCUCCAGCGUGUAGCGCUGAAGAAGCUGUGGACAGCAAGGAGGCUCCUAAGAUUAUCCUGAAUGGUACAGUUAGGGAAGAUGGAUUGCCAAGGGUUUAG